AUGCACUUUUCAAGGAUCUUUAAAUCAUCGCCGCAUUGCGCGUCAAGUCCCGAUGGUAACCUGAUCGCAACCUUGUCGCCUACCAGCGUCAGUGUACGAUCUGUCGAAACCCUCGAGACUAUUCAUAGCGUCAAAUUACCGUCCAAUGUCGGUACUGCCUACGCUUUGCGAUGGUCACCUUCGUCAAGACGCAUUCUCGCCUGCUUCUCUGACCAGGUUCUCAUCUACUCGGCUUCGGGUCCAGGCUAUCGUGGCGUCAUACGAAACCCUGCGACCCCUAAUCUGAAGCCUACCUUUGUUCAGUUUGGCGCUUCCGAUACCGAGAUCUUCAUGUGCUCAUCCUAUGGCCUCAAGUUCUCCAUCUUCGACCUGGCCACUUCGAGAACCAUCGAGAUCAGCAACCCAAAAUUCCACCAAGCUAGUGUAGCUUCUCGUGGCUUUGCACUUCGCCCCGGCUCAGGACAUUUGGCCAUCCUCACACGCGUCGCCGGUAAAGAUAUCGCUAGUGUUCACCAUCCCAAGACACGACAAGUCCUUCGCUCUUGGCAGCCCGAUACUGUCGAUGCUCAAGGACUGGCCUGGACCCCGGACGGCCGUUGGCUCCUGAUGUGGGAGUCUGCGGCUCAAGGACACAAAAUCCUGUUUUACACGCCCGACGGCCACCUCUUCAAGACGUGGUCCGGACCCUCACCCUGGGCCAUCGAGGAGAAGCAUUACGAACUCGGCGCAGGGGUAAAGCACUGUCAAGUCAGCCCGGACGGCGCUCGCAUUGCAGUGUGCGACCACACUCGCAGUGUAUGCGUUCUGGAAACCAAGUCCGCUGCCGAGUCGAUGAGACUCGAACAUCCUGCAACCAUUACUCCGAGGGAUACCGUUCAGAUCUGGCAAGAGGAGAUCGCCACGACCCAAUCAGGUUCACAGCACUCCUUUUCGCGAGCGACCCAGUCCGUAUCUGCUCCGGGCCGAGCGAGCAACGGCACUGUCGAUACCAAGCCAGCCCGCACUUUAUCCGUCUUUGAUGCAUCCUCCAGUCUUUUAGCUACCACCUUGGAGGACUGGCCAAGUACUGUUUGGGUUUGGGAUUUGGCGUCAUCUGAACUGCGCGCCGUUCUCAUCUUCCACAGUCAAAUUUUGGCCUUCUCCUGGCAUCCAAAACAGCGCGAAGUGCUCAUGGUUACGUGCGAGGGAGAAAAUUACGCAGGUUUGGUGUUCGUUUGGGACCCCUUGUCCGACGGCCCGAAGACAGUUCACUUCAGAGGACAGCUACCCGAUGCCAAGGUGCUGGGGAAGCCUCAAGCAUCGUGGCUCGACUGGACUGGUGAUUCUGCCGUUCUCCUGCUGGGAGAUAGCAAGCAUCAUCUCAUGGCAUCACUUGCGGAAGCUGAGGAGUCCGGAGCCCCAUGGCAAGACGCGCAGCGCAAUGAUUUGACAAUGACCACUGGCAAGGAUGAGACGCAGAUGGAGGCACCUGCACUGGACGAUUUCGACGAUGACCUGUCCGGUCUAGACAUGUCCGAAGUAGACGACACCUUCUCUUUUAAAAGGACUUGAUCGAUUGCAGCGCCACCACUUUGGCUCAUGACGGCUGCACUAGAAGCUUCCCCGACCAACCAUCCGAAGACAGGCCCCAAACCUGCGGAUGUCACGCAGAUCUCAUUGGUUUCCCAGCUACCCGCGGCUGCGCGGUGGUGCAGCCGAGCGCGAUGAUGGAUACAGCACCCGAACCGACUUGAUGCAGAAAGUUGUGGUCAUUCCCCAGCUCGAAGCAUGCUGCUGCCGC